AUGCUAGCAACGAUGAGACACAGUGAUUGUUGCUUUGAAAAGAAUGCAAUAGGCUCACGAGCCAACGCCUCCACAUCCCAGCGUCAAUUCAUCAACAUUUUCAUUCGCAAAUCUCCAAACGUCCCUGUCAGACACACGACAUUCGGUGAAACACUAGCGCUGGAAUACAUGAAUUGUAAACACGUGUUCGUGGUUUUCGUGGUAAUCGCCCUCCUACCCAUCUCCAUCCAAUGCCACGGUUCCACUGCCGACUCGAUCGUCGACAGCAUUCUUGAUUCGUUUUCUGUCGACUUGGCGAAUUUCUCGAUUCCGGAUGUGCCCAAUCUUGGCAAAGUCGAGAUCAUCGAUGUGGGAAGUUUAAUUCGUGCAUGUCCGACAACGAUAAACGAGACGGCGGAGGAUGAAAUCCUGACGCUCAUUGUCAGCGCGUGUCUCAAUGUGAGUGGUACUGUCAUCAACAUGCCAGACAAAUCUGUUAGUGCUUCAGUUGGUCAAGCGAAAUUCGACGUGACAUUGACCAUUUCAAAGGCUCCAGAACCCACGAUCGAAGUCACUAUUUCGAUACCCGUUUGGAAGAGCGUGAAAGUGCACGGAAGCUUCUGGUUCACCCUUUUCGUUUCACCGUUCUUACAGAGCCCCACCAUUGUUUCCUUUCUCCUCGAAAGUGUGAUCGAAUCAUCUCUGCAGAAAGUCAAGUUGGAGCAUCUGUUUAUUUGA